AUGCAAAAUUUUAAUAUUUUAAACCCUUUCAUGGUCGAAAUGCGCCCUUCUUGGAGUCAAUAUCAAAAUGUCUUUUUGGUAAGAAAUUGAACCUAUUGUAAAUUUAAGCAUUGAGCCACUUUGCCCAAUAAAUUCAAAAGCCAAGAUGUUGAAUGCAACUCACCUUUGGAUAGUUUUUUUAUUUUUAAAUUGAAAUUUUUCAGAAACCAUUUGCUCAUAAACUAUAAUUAUGCAUGCGAAAAGUUAAUUUCAGUACCUCUAGGUCAGCUCAAGCUCUAUAUUGAAAAGAUUAUUGAGUAA